AUUUAUCACACAACCGACUCAAUGGCUCAAUUCCACAAACUUUGACCAAUCUCACAUAUCUUUCGGUUCUUGAUCUGUCUAAUAACCAACUUUCUGGAUGAUACCUUGUUCAUGUCAAUUUGCAAGAUUUACUAGAGAAUCGUUUGCGAAUAAUUCUGGCCUUUCUCAAUGCCGUCAUCCUCAGGAUUGCCAAGAACCAAGUCCAAGUUUAAGUUCAAUUUCUAAGUCUAGCAGAUCAAAGAAAAAGCAUUACAUCAUUAUAGGUUGUGGUGUAAUUGCAGGGGUACUUAUUUGGUUAGUAACUCAGUUACUCGUGAUCAGACUAGCAGGGAAAGGGAGAAGGGAAAAUGAUGGAGAAGAAUGGAGUAUCAUUUCACUUCAAAGGUUGGAUUUCAAUAAAUGGGAAAUUUUGGGUGGUCUGAAGGAGGAAAAUUUGAUUGGAAAUGGAGGGUCAGGAAAAGUAUAUAGAGUGAUCACCAAGAAGGGUCAGAGUGUUGCUGUUAAAAGCAUAUUGCAUGAACAAAAGCAAGGGCAGGGAUUAAUGGAGAAACAGUUCCUAGCAGAGGUUAAGAUUCUUGGGGGAAUUUGGCACAACAACAUAGUGAAAUUGUUAUGCUGCAUCAGAGGAAACACUACAAAGCUUAUUGUGUAUGAAUACAUGGACAAACAAUGUGUUCACAAAUGGUUGCAUGGAAAGAAAAGAGGCUUAACUACUCAAGUCUUGCAGUGGGAGAGGAGGCUAAAAAUUGCCAUUGGAGCUUCACAAGGGCUUUGCUAUAUGCAUCACGGUUGCAAUCCACCCAUUCUUCAUAGGGAUAUCAAGUCCAGUAACAUACUCGUCGACUCUGACUUCAAUGUCAAGAUUGCAGACUUUGGACUGGCAAAGUUGAUGGCGAGUGAAGGAGAUCCAGAAACAGCAUCUGCUAUUGUGGGAACCUUUGGUUACAUUGCCCCGGAAUAUGGCAGUACAAGAAAAGUUGAUGCGAAGAGCGACAUCUACAGCUUUGGUGUAGUUCUCUUGGAAUUGACAACUGGAAGAGAAGCCGUGCCUGCAAAUGAGGAUAUGAACCUGGCACAAUGGGCACACAAACACCAAAGAGAAGGGAACUCAGCUGCAGAUGCCCUAGAUGAGGAGAUCAAGGACCCACGUUAUCUGGAGGCAAUGAUCGCUGUUUUCAAAUUAGGCCUUGCAUGCACUUUGAAUUCCCCAUCAAGCAGGCCGUCCAUGAAAGAUAUUUCACAGAUUCUUCAAAGAUACAGCGAAAACACUCAUCUGUCUUUAGAGAACCAAUAGACAAUAUAAUAUUUCCACUUUACUUUUGAAUGCAAAAUAUUUUGCAAUGGUUUGUUUAGUUUAAUUUCACUAUUGCACUCACAGUGCAGUUAUG